UGGGGAUAAAAGAAAAACUGUGCUCGGGUUUCUCUAAUUUGGUCCGCUGUGACGGAUGGAAUAACAUUCCUGAAAGACUGGCUGGAGCUCUAGGGAUCUUCGAGGCAAGGGGCAUCAUCAUGAGUGGUCGCUUGUAAUGGCGCUCAAUGGAUUUAAUCUUCAUCGCGGAGUGAAACGCGUCCUCGACACCCGGAUGCUGCGAAGAUGCGCUCGCGGAGCUCAAGGCAUCAGCAUCAGCAUCAGCAUACACACUAGUCAAAACAUGAUAGAUAAGAUGUUUUAAUGCAGCCACGCGAACUGGAAUAUAACAAAUAAUAAAGACAUUUUCAAUGUGGAGGAGGGGAUGGACGAGCCAGAGGAACCGACUGAAGGGGCAAACUAUGCCAGUGGCACCAGAGCCCCCGUCUCUAGUGAUGCUCCUCCUGUCUGGUCGGAAGCGACGUCGAUCACCAGCCAUCACUCGCCGGCCCAGUCCGCCGCGCUCUCCUGGCAGGCCGCGAUUAAUGCCGCCAGACAGUCUCAGGACACCCCCAAAACCAUGAACUUCUCUGCUGCUGCAAGCACUGCUCCGGCCAGCUCGCUCGCCCAGAGGAAACGCCAGCAAUAUGCCAAAAGCAAGAAACAGGGAAGCACCACUAAUAGCAGACCUCCAAGAGCACUUUUCUGCCUGACUCUCAAUAACCCUGUGCGCAGAGCGUGCAUUAACCUAGUGGAGUGGAAACCUUUUGAUAUCUUUAUACUGCUGUCAAUAUUUGCCAACUGUGUGGCCUUAGCUGUUUACAUCCCCUUUCCUGAAGACGAUUCCAACUCAACUAAUCAUGAUUUGGAAACAGUAGAAUAUGCCUUCCUGAUCAUUUUCACGAUUGAAACCUUCCUCAAGAUCAUAGCUUAUGGGCUUGUGAUGCACCAGAACUCCUAUGUGAGAAACGGCUGGAAUAUGUUGGAUUUUGUCAUCGUCAUAGUAGGUCUCUUUAGUGUCGUGCUGGAGCUGGUAACCAAAGAUCGAGAUGUCAGCGGGCAGUCAGGUGGCAAGCCGGGCGGGUUCGAUGUCAAGGCUUUACGAGCGUUUAGAGUUCUGCGGCCCCUCCGCCUGGUGUCAGGAGUGCCAAGCUUACAGGUAGUGCUGAACUCCAUCAUUAAAGCCAUGGUUCCUCUGCUGCACAUUGCUCUGCUUGUACUCUUCGUAAUCAUCAUCUAUGCCAUCAUCGGGCUGGAGCUGUUCAUCGGGAAGAUGCAUGCAACCUGCUAUCUGAACGGCACGCGUGCAUUAGCAGAGGAGGACCCAGCUCCCUGUUCUCUUACUGGUCAUGGGAGACACUGCCCUCUCAAUGGCACUAUGUGUAGGGAUGGUUGGCAUGGGCCCAACAAUGGCAUCACAAACUUUGACAACUUCCUGUUUGCCAUGCUGACUGUCUUCCAGUGUAUCACCAUGGAGGGCUGGACUGACGUGCUGUACUGGAUGAAUGAUGCUAUGGGCUCUGAGUUGCCUUGGGUCUAUUUUGUCAGUCUGGUCAUUUUCGGCUCCUUCUUUGUCCUCAAUCUAGUAUUGGGCGUUCUAAGUGGAGAGUUCUCUAAGGAGCGUGAGAAGGCCAAGGCUCGUGGAGAUUUCCAGAAGCUGCGUGAGAAGCAGCAGCUUGAGGAGGAUUUGAAGGGAUAUCUGGAUUGGAUCACACAAGCUGAGGACAUCGACCCUGAUAAUGAUGAGGAGGGAGAUCAAGAGGCCAAACGCAGCCGGGUGACGCUGGGCGAUCUCACCCACAGGAAGAACACGGGAAACUCGGGCUGGUUCAGUCAGUCCACUGAGACUCAUGCAAGCAUCCCCACAAGUGAGACAGAAUCUGUGAACACAGAGAAACCAGGAGAAGAUGAGAAAGUCUGCUGUGGGCCCAUCUGUCAGAAAUUGACAAAGUCGAAGUUCAGCCGCUCGCGUUGCUGGAACAGAUUUUGUCGCCGGAAGUGCCGAGCUGUGGUGAAAUCCACCCUCUUCUAUUGGCUGGUGAUUCUGCUGGUGUUCCUCAAUACACUCACAAUAUCAUCCGAACAUUAUAACCAGCCCGACUGGCUCACGGAAGUCCAGGGUGUGGCUAAUAAGGUGUUGUUAGCCCUGUUCACAUGUGAGAUGCUGAUAAAAAUGUACAGUCUGGGGCUGCAGGCAUACUUUGUGUCACUUUUCAACCGCUUCGACUGCUUCGUAGUUUGCGGAGGCAUUGUGGAGACGAUCCUCGUGGAGCUUGAGAUCAUGUCUCCUCUCGGCAUCUCAGUGUUUCGCUGCGUCCGGCUCCUCAGAAUCUUUAAAGUCACAUGUCACUGGGCGUCUCUGAGUAACCUGGUGGCAUCUCUUUUGAACUCCAUGAAGUCCAUUGCGUCCCUACUGCUGUUGCUCUUCCUCUUCAUCAUCAUCUUCAGUUUGCUUGGCAUGCAGCUCUUCGGAGGGAAGUUUAACUUUGACGAGACUGUUACCAAACGAAGCACUUUUGACAACUUUCCUCAAGCCCUGCUGACUGUCUUUCAGAUCCUGACGGGUGAGGAUUGGAAUACAGUGAUGUAUGACGGGAUCAUGGCGUAUGGGGGCCCCUCCUCCUCAGGCAUGCUCGUGUGCAUCUACUUCAUCAUCCUCUUCAUCUGUGGAAACUACAUCUUACUGAACGUCUUCUUGGCCAUUGCUGUGGAUAACCUGGCAGAUGCUGAAAGUCUGAACUCAGCCCAGAAAGAGGAAGAGAAGAGGAACAAGAGGAAGAAAAGCAGGAGUAUGAGCAUACACAAGAGAGAUGGUGACGAUGGAGACGUCAAGGCAUCUGGUGAUCAGGAGGGUAAUCAGGAUCAGACAGAGGACAUGAUUGACUCCUCAGAGGAGGAUGAGGAAGAUGAGCCCGAGGUACCAUCAGGCCCGCGGCCGCUGAGGCUGUCAGAGCUGAACCUCAGAGAAAAGAUGCCACCCAUCCCAGAGGGCAGCGCCUUCUUCAUCCUUAGCAACACCAACCCGAUCCGUGUGGCGUGCCAUCGGCUCAUCAAUCAUCAGAUCUUCACCAACCUCAUCCUCAUCUUCAUCAUGCUGAGCUCCGUCUCGCUGGCAGCCGAGGACCCCAUCCGUAACUUCUCUGCCCGAAACAUUGUUCUUGGUUAUUUUGACUAUGCCUUCACUGCUAUAUUUACAGUGGAGAUCUUGUUGAAGAUGACUGCAUUUGGUGCUUUCCUUCACAAAGGAGCUUUCUCCCGAAAUUACUUUAAUUUGCUGGAUCUGCUGGUGGUUGGAGUCUCCCUCGUUUCCUUCGGCAUACAAUCAUCGGCCAUUUCAGUGGUGAAGAUCUUAAGGAUUCUACGUGUGCUUCGACCUCUGAGAGCCAUCAACAGAGCCAAAGGACUCAAACAUGUGGUUCAGUGUGUGUUUGUGGCCAUCAGGACGAUUGGGAACAUCAUGAUUGUCACCACACUUCUUCAGUUCAUGUUUGCCUGUAUCGGUGUACAGCUGUUUAAGGGGAAGUUCUACCGCUGUUCUGAUGAUGCAAAGACAAGUCCAGAGGACUGCAGAGGGACGUUUAUCGUGUACAGUAUUGGUGAGACGGCACUGCCACAAAUGCGUGAGAGGAUCUGGUACAACAGUGACUUUAACUUUGAUAAUGUGCUGAUGGCUAUGAUGGCCCUCUUCACCGUCUCAACGUUUGAGGGCUGGCCAGCCCUGCUGUACAAGGCCAUCGACUCAAACAAGGAAAACAUGGGUCCCAUCUACAACUACCACGUGGAGAUCUCCAUCUUCUUCAUCAUCUACAUCAUCAUCAUCGCCUUCUUCAUGAUGAACAUUUUUGUGGGUUUUGUCAUUGUCACGUUUCAGGAGCAGGGCGAGAAAGAGUACAAGAACUGUGAGCUGGACAAGAACCAGCGCCAGUGUGUGGAGUAUGCUCUGAAAGCCCGUCCGCUGAGGAGAUACAUCCCUAAAAACCCGUACCAGUAUAAGUUCUGGUAUGUGGUGAACUCCACGGGCUUUGAGUAUGUCAUGUUUGUGCUCAUCGUUCUCAACACACUGUGUCUGGCCAUUCAGCAUCAAGGCCAGUCACGUUUUUUCAAUUAUGGGAUGGACAUUUUGAACAUGGUGUUCACGGGUGUCUUUGCAGUCGAAAUGAUUCUCAAACUGGUUGCCUUCAAACCAAAGCACUAUUUUGCCGAUGCAUGGAACACGUUUGAUGCCUUAAUUGUUGUUGGUAGCAUCGUUGACAUUGCGAUCACGGAGAUCAAUAACACGGAAGGCAGUGCAAGAAUUUCCAUCACAUUCUUUCGUCUGUUUCGUGUCAUGCGCUUAGUGAAGUUAUUGAGCAGAGGAGAGGGCAUUCGCACGCUCCUGUGGACCUUCAUCAAAUCAUUUCAGGCUCUUCCGUAUGUGGCUCUGCUUAUUGCCAUGUUGUUCUUCAUCUAUGCUGUCAUUGGAAUGCAGGUGUUUGGGAAGAUCGCCAUGGUGGAUGGAACCAGUAUUAAUCGUAACAAUAAUUUCCAGACCUUUCCACAAGCUGUGCUCCUGUUGUUCAGAUGUGCGACGGGUGAGGCAUGGCAGCAGAUCAUGUUGGCGUGUUUGCCUGGCAAACAGUGUGACUCUGAGUCCGACUAUAACCCUGGAGAGGAGAAAAGCUGUGGCAGCAACUUCGCUAUCCUCUACUUCAUCAGCUUCUACAUGCUCUGUGCUUUUCUGAUCAUUAAUCUGUUUGUCGCUGUCAUCAUGGACAACUUUGACUACCUGACGCGUGAUUGGUCAAUUCUUGGACCACAUCAUUUAGAUGAAUUUAAGAGGAUCUGGUCGGAAUAUGAUCCUGAGGCCAAGGGCCGUAUAAAACACUUAGAUGUGGUGACAUUGCUGCGCAGGAUUCAACCGCCGCUGGGCUUUGGCAAGCUGUGUCCACAUAGAGUGGCUUGCAAGAGGUUGGUUGCCAUGAACAUGCCACUAAAUAGUGACGGUACGGUCAUGUUCAAUGCCACCCUGUUCGCUGUGGUCAGAACUGCUCUGAAAAUCAAGACUGAAGGGAAUCUGGAUCAAGCCAAUGAGGAGUUACGAGCUGUCAUCAAGAAGAUCUGGAAGAGAACUAGCAUGAAACUCCUGGACCAAGUAGUGCCACCUGCUGGAGAUGAUGACAUCACUGUGGGGAAGUUCUAUGCCACUUUCCUGAUACAGGACUACUUCAGGAAAUUCAGGAAACGCAAAGAGCAAGGUCUUGUGGGAUGCCAACCCUAUUUAAACACCACUACCGCCCUGCAGGCUGGUCUGCGCACACUGCAUGAUAUUGGCCCUGAGAUCCGUCGAGCCAUAUCAUGUGAUCUACAGGAUGAAGGUCUAGUAGACGUCAACCUCCAUGAGGAGGAAGAGAUAUACGAGAGGAAUGGGGUUGUGUUUGGGAAUCAUGUGAGUGGAGAUCAGUACGGCAGCGUCACACAGCGUCCUCUGCAACUCCCGUUUCCUCUGUGCUCCACCCAAAAUUACUGUCCGUCGAUGUCAGACAAAUCAUCCAACUCCAAUAUCAACAAUGCCAACGUGCCAGCGGUCACUGCCUUUCCCAACGGCUGGCACAGUCGCUGCCGGCGGCUCUCUGGGACCCUGGUGUCCUCUCUGAGCUCCUACCUCAACCUCAGGAGUGAUGGAGAACCUCAGCUCAGGACUCACUCCAGAAGGCCGAGCACCAGUGCUGUCGGAUAUCCCAUCAUCCAUGUGGAAAACUCCACCCUUGGUGACAUCAGUGAUGAUGACAGGAACUCUGGGGAGUAUUACAGCGGAGAUGAAUUUAAUGAGGAUGAUGUCAUGCUGGCUACAGACAGGUCAUACUUUCAGGACACUUUGAGUGAUGGUGCUCCAGCUGGACAGCAGGAUGCGUGUGAAUGCGUCUGUGAUGAUGGUGAGCAGCUCAUAUCCCAGCAGCCCCAGAGGUCCUCAAAACGACUCCUGCUGUCCACAGCUCAAUCCUCUCACAAACCUGCUUUCCAUUUUGAGUGUCUGCGCAAACAGAACAGCCAAGAUGAGAUUCCCCUGCAUCCAACAGGCCUGCAGCAUCAGGUGAAGACGCCGACUGGACAAGAAUCAAGUAGAACACGACUCUCUCCGACUCGCUCCAUCCGCUCCUGGGUCACGCCUCCGGCCACACCUCCACCCUACACCCCUCUGAUUCAGACCACACCCAGCGCUAGCAGCACUCCGGGAUUGGUUCACAGGGGCUUCUGGAAUUCCCAGCAGGCCUCUGAUUGGUCGACACGUUCUCGCUCACCCUCGCUCCUGAAGGUUCCCCCUCGACUAAGCGGACAUCACCUGCAGCAGCGGAGCAGCGCUCACAGCCUGGUGGAAGCCGUGAGUGAUGCCGCUUGACCCUGAGCGCCUGUUU